AUGAAGAGAUCGUUUGUCGCCUUUGCAGAGCAUGUCACUCGGGCCACGAGGUCUAUCCCGCCCGUGAGGCCGCCGUAUAAGAACAUGCUGAAGGAUCCGUCGAAGAAGUACAGGGCGUUCCAGCCUCCAAAAAUGCAGAGCAGGAAGUGGCCAGAUAACACCAUCACGAAGGCCCCCAGAUGGCUCUCGACAGACCUGAGGGACGGGAACCAGUCCCUGCCAGACCCAAUGUCCGUGGAACAGAAGAAAGAGUACUUCCAUAAACUGGUCGGCAUGGGAUUCAAAGAGAUCGAGGUCUCGUUUCCCUCCGCCUCGCAGACUGAUUUCGAUUUCACCAGGUACGCCGUCGAGAACGCUCCAGACGACGUCUCGAUCCAGGCGCUCGUACAGUCCAGGGAGCACCUGAUCAGGAGAACUGUCGAGUCUCUAACGGGCGCCAAACGUGCCACAAUCCACACUUACCUCGCCACAAGCGAUAUGUUCAGAGAGAUUGUGUUCAAUAUGUCCCAAGAACAGGCCAUCGCGAAGGCCGUCGAGGCAACAAAACUAGUCCGCAAACUGACCAAAGAUGACCCAUCGCAACAGGCUACCCGUUGGUCGUACGAGUUCUCCCCCGAGUGUUUCAGCGAUACGCCUCCUGAGUUUGCCCUGCAAAUCUGCGAGGCAGUCAAGCAAGCUUGGGAACCCACGGUCGAUAACCCAAUCAUCUUCAACCUGCCGGCUACGAUCGAGGUCGCUACUCCAAACGUAUACGCUGACUUGAUCGAGUACUUCAGCACGCACAUCUCAGAGAGGGAGAAAGUGUGCAUCUCGACGCAUAACCAUAACGACAGAGGUUGUGCCGUUGCGGCGACCGAGUUAGGGUUGCUCGCCGGUGCUGACCGUGUGGAAGGUUGCAUCUUCGGUAACGGGGAACGUACAGGGAACGUCGAUAUCGUCACCGUUGGGUUGAACAUGUACACGCAGGGGAUCUCACCAAACUUGGAUUUCUCCGACAUGACCUCCAUUAGAGAGGUUGUGGAACGGUGCAAUAAGAUCCCUGUCCCACAGAGAGCACCUUACGGUGGGGACCUCGUCGUUUGUGCAUUUUCUGGUUCGCACCAGGACGCUAUCAAGAAGGGUUUUGCCCUACAGGAGAAGAAGAAGGCUCAAGGUAUCGAGGACCCUCUUUGGAGAAUCCCAUACUUGCCCCUGGACCCAAAGGAUAUUGGCAGAGACUACGAGGCAGUCAUCAGAGUCAACUCUCAGUCCGGUAAGGGCGGUGCCGCCUGGGUCAUUUUGAGAUCGCUAGGUUUGGACUUGCCGAAGUCUAUGCAGGUCGAAUUCUCGAAAGCGGUGCAAGACAACGCGGACGCCCUGGGCAGAGAACUGAAGGCAGACGAGAUUACUUCCGUUUUGAAGAAACAUUACAACUACAACAACGAGGCCUGUAGAGACAUCGAGCUGAUGGAAUACGAUGUCCAGAAGUUCGGUUCCGAGCGCAGAGUUUUGGCGGGUAAAGUCAAGAUCAACGGCCAAAUUGUCAGCAUCGAAGGUACAGGGAACGGUCCUAUCUCUUCGCUGGUGGACGCCUUCUCGAAGCUACUAAACGUGAGAUUCGCAGUCUCCAACUACACAGAACAUUCCUUGGGGUCCGGCUCGUCCACCCAAGCUGCAUCCUACGUCAGCAUGACUUACAACACCACUGACGGCAAGGCCUAUAAAUGGGGGAUCGGUGUUUCCGAGGAUGUCGGUGACUCCUCCGUCGAAGCCAUCUUCUCAUGCAUCAACAACAUCGUCAGAUCGGGCGAUGUCGCAUUGCCCGAAAUCUCUAAGUAA